UCUUGUGCAACACGAGAUACGGUCCGCCGUGGUUCUGUGAUGGCGUGCCGCCGACUCGAUACCGUUUGCGGGGUUGAGCUACCUUUGUUGCGACGUUGACUAUGACUUCAGAGCAUGCAGAUUCAGGCAGUAGCCGAGACAGCUCCCGAAUAUAAAACGAUGCUUCCCUUCCGGAUGUCCUAGAUGGUUGGUGCCGCGCUUGUGUUUGCCAUCGUCAGUCCACCGUGUGUUGUCGGGUCGCUCGUUCUAUAUAACACUCGCUUUCAACUUUAGCCUUUAACUACUAGUAGUAUCACUCACUUGUUACCACGAAGCAACACUGCAAGCAGUCAUCGAUCGCCACGCACAUCAUGAAGACCACCUCUCUCUUCAGUGCCGUGUUGGCCACGGCCGCUGUCGCCAGCGCCCAGGCCUCGUACCAAGACGGCAAGUACGUCUGCGCGCAGGUGAACGCGGCCUACUGUGCCGGUGACUCGCUGGGCACCGACAUCAUCAUCCGCUGCAACGGCACGGCGGGACAGCCGGGCCGCUGCAGCAACAAUCUUGUGGGCGUUCCGCCCCUCGGCACCUCCGGCGGCGGCCGGUGCUGGCAGAGCUCGCCGACCGCGGGCGACGCCGCCUGCGAGAAGAACUGCGUCGUCUACGCGUCCAAGGGCACCUUCACCCUGCCCACCAGCGUCUGCAAGCCCACCUACACUGCGACUUCCACCGUGACUGCCACCUCAACCUCCACGUCCACCACCACCUCCCACUCGGCCUCGCACUCCUCAUCCCCUUUAAGCACGUCCUCCGUGCCGCCAACCACGAAUUCGACCACCACCACCACCAAAACAAGGACCGCCACACACACGGCCAGCCAUUCCACUAGCAGCGUGACGAGCAAGCCGUGGAGCAACUCGACGACAACCCUCACGACCAUCAUCACCACCGUCACCACCGACUGCCCGACGACGGCGACGACCAACCCGCCCGUGACCCACCCGCCCAAGCCAACCAUCACCACGACGCCGGUGCUGCCGCCCUACCCGCCUCAUCAUCACACCAACUCCACGCGGACGGUGACGCCGACGGGCACGGCUACCGGCACCGGUGGUGGCAACCCGCCUGUGGCGACCGGUGGUGCGGCGGCGAGCGGUGGUGGUGGUGGCGCUGCGGCAAUGGUUGUUUUUGCUGGGUUUGCGGCUGUUUUGCUUUGAUUUACCAGGUAGUAGUAGUAACUUAGGAAAUGGGUUGGGGGUUUUCUGACAAGUUUUGGCGAGGCGUCUGGGACUCUGGAAAGGGGGGGUUGAUUUGAUUGGGGUUUUCAGGUUAGUGUUACGGGUAUGAGGGCGGGUUACAAUGUCUGUGAUGCUGCACGGUGUUAUUGUUAAUGAAGGGAUGGAGGACUCAUGUGGGAUGUAUGGAGGAUGGGAACUUAUCGGGAGUCACUUGGGAUCUUGAUAGGGGCGCUUUAGGAACAGAGGCUCUACAACUACCUAUGUUGAUCAGAUAGGGGUCAAAGUAGUAAUACCUAAUCCAUUCACAACACCAGGGGUAUCACCACCGCCAACUUACAGCCUACAGGAACAGGACAUAUAUAUCACCUCCCCCCUGCCCCCUCCACCCCACGCGACGAGAAAGCGAACCCAACCUCCUCCCUC